AUGGAGAAGGUCUACAGAGAAAAUGAAGGAAAGCCAGAAAAUGAAGGAAACUUAGACAAUGAGGGAAGGCCAGAAGAUGAAGUACAGCCUGAAAAUGAAGGAGAGUCAAAUGAGAAAGAAAAGCUGGAAGUGGAGAGGAAGUCAGAACAGGAACCAGAGGUCCAGAAUGAGAGAAAACCAGACAAUGAGAGACAACCAGCAGAUGAGGGAAAGCAAGAAAAGCAGGCAAGUCUGAAGUUGAGGGAAACCCACUCAGAGAGGGCAAGUAGGAAUCCCAGGCAAAGCCAGAGAGCCAGUUUCACAUUGCUGAAAAGUGCCCUGCUGAAGAUUAUGUGCCCUGAAAGGCAAAAAGAAAAAUGGACAGGAGGACAGAGGAUUCCCCCACAGACUGCAGAUUCUCUGGGUUGUGGCAGUAG